AUGGGGCUGUCUCAAAGCUCUUUCCUGCUGGACUCGGGAAAUAACAGCGGAUACCACGUCCAUGGGGUCCAACAGGAUUCCCCUGCUCUGAAGGCUGGACUAGAGCCUUUCUUUGACUUCAUUCUGUCUAUUGGCAACACAAGACUGAAUAAGGAAAGUGACUUACUCAAAGAUCUUCUAAAGGCCAAUGUGGAGAAAGCGGUCAAACUGGAAGUGUACAACUCCAAGUCUCAGAGGGUGAGGGAGCUGGAGGUGACGCCCAGUAACAUGUGGGGGGGUCAGGGCCUGCUGGGGGCCAGUGUCCGCUUCUGCAGCUUCGACGGGGCCAACGAGAACGUGUGGCAUGUCCUGGAUGUGGAGGACAACUCGCCCGCUGCCUUGGCCGGACUCAUUGCUUUUGACGACUACAUUGUGGGAGCUGACCAGGUACUGCAGGAGUCUGAGGAUUUCUACUCUUUGAUUGAAGCCAAUGAAGGAAAACCUCUGAAAUUACUUGUUUACAACAUUCAAACCAACCAAUGCAGAGAAGUGGUGGUGACUCCAAACGGUGCUUGGGGAGGAGAGGGCAGCCUCGGCUGUGGUAUUGGUUACGGCUAUUUGCACCGCAUCCCGACUCUGCCAGUUCUACCGACGUCGGAGGAGGAGCCACAUCUGCAGGAGAAUGACGCUGAGGAGAUAGAGCCUGUUUCUCACGAUCACACUGAGGUGCCUUCUGAAAUCAGCGAAGUCGAAGUAAAACAGAUGAAAGAAGACUUAAACCUACCUCUUCAUACAGAUCAGAACACGACUUCUGAUACGUCCAUCUUGCCUGAAGUGACCAGUCCAGAUUUGUCGGACACGGCGUCCACGGUUCACCUGGGAAACAGCUCCAUGUUUGUAAAUUAUGGAGAUGCCGAUUCCUGCGAUCAGUUAAGCCUCGAAAACUCCUCAUCGGACCCAAGGCCUUCGUCUCCAGAGAAGGACGAGCAGUCGGAGCUGCAGGAGGCGGACGUGGCCUCGGACGUGGAUGAUGCUUCUCUGAGCACAGGAGACGAGCUCUCUGCGCCCACAGUCACUAAAGAGGCUCUGUGUGACCACAGUCUGCCUGACCAGGACCAGGACCAGGACCAGGACCAGGACCAGGACCAUUCUGACCCUCUGACCCCCGAUCAGCCUGAGGAAGACUUGAACCCUGCAGCUUCCAACGAUUAA